AGAAAGAGCCAGCAGCGCCUUUCUGUGCAGAAAAAAUCCCUCUUAAAAAGACAAGAACAAAAGAGAGGAAGAGAAAGAGAGAGAGGGAAGGAGGGAGGAUUUGGUUACAGAGCAGAAGAAGAUGAGGAUGCAGAGGGAAGUGGAUGUUGCAGAGGAAGCUGCAGGGAGGUGAAAACAAACAUUACAACAGUCCCAGGAUGUAGGCGCUGAUUGAUCCGAGGGUGUCUGUGAACGCACCGUUACGUCCGAGGACUUGUUGUGUUUCAAGGAUAGUGAAGGUGGAAGGCUGCAACCUGAGAUGCACCCCGUCUACUCCCACUCAUAGGAUGACAAAUUAGUGUUUACAAAGGCGAAGGAGCAAGGAAUCAAACCCGAGGAUCGCUGCUCUGUUUUCGAAGCACGCUGAGCUGUCGGUGUGGAAGAAGCAAGGCUUGACACCUCUUGAUGUGCCGUCGCUAUCCUGGAUCAGAUGUUGUCCACAGCUCAGCAGAUGCUGCAGGACAGCCGCUCCAAGAUUGAGCUGAUCCGACUGCAGAUUAUCAAAGUCACCCAGGCUGGUGGUGGUGGCGGAGAAGGUGGAGGAAACCAAAAUAUCCCUGCUGAUGGAGAAACGUCUCCGGUAGCUGUCAGUCCAACGGACGCUCGCUUGGCAGAGCUGCAGCACUACAUGCAGAGAGAAACCGAUGCGCUGGCGUUGCACAGAGACGUGGUGAAGCAGCUGCAGGGCAUCUCAGAGCUGGACCAGAACGCUCUGGCUGAGGCUCGAGUUCGGGUGCAGGAAUCCUCGCAGAAGCUUGAACUUCUACGAUUAUCCCUGGAGAAAUGGCUGCAGGAACAGAACCAUGAUUCUCCACGGCUUCCUGCGGAGGCGAUCGAUCAUCCAGAGGGAACGGCCUCGCCUGAAGAGCGCAGAUCGUCGCGUCAGCUCUCAACCUCGCCGACCGUCUUCCCUGUCCGACCUGCAUCUCUCACUGGGAAACUUAAACUGAGACUGCUGGGAUGUGAGGAUUUACUGAAACCCCAGUCAGAAUCAGAGCAGGAAAAUCCUUUGGUUCCCUCUGAAAACGGUUCGGCUGUUCCUCAUAAGACUGACGGAUCACUGACGGAGGUCGGCGCGCUGCUGCGGCUGGACGGCCGGGUCGUCGGCCGGACGCGCUGGGCUCCAGUCGGUGGCCUCAGCUGGGAUCAGGUGUUCUACAUCCAGCUGGAGCGGUCUCGAGAGCUGGAGGUUUGCGUGUUCUGGCGGUACCGGAGGACGAUGUGUGCGGUCAAGAUUCUGCGUCUGGAGGAGUUAAUGGGGAACCCAGACCACAACCAGGGCUUCAAUCUGGAGCCGCAAGGCCUCCUCCACAUCCAGUUUCAGUUCAUCGACACCGUGGUGGAGCGGCAGCCGAAACUGAGACGUCAGCGAUGCAUUUUUACAAAAGAACGAGGAAAGAAUUUCCUCCGAGCUGCUCAGAUGAACAUGAACUUUGCCACCUGGGGCCAUCUGAUGAUGAGCAUCCUCCCUCACUACAGCUCUUUCGCCACCUUCAGCUCGCAUCUCUCCACAACGUCGGACCUGAUCGGACACAGUCCUCAAAAUCCGACGGACAAGAAGCCUGAUCCGACACCUUCACUGCCAAGCGAAACUCCGCAAAUUAGACUGAGCAUCUGUGAGGACCAAACGCUUCCCAUCGACAUCAAGCAGAAAGAAAACAUCAUCACUAAAGAAGAGAAGACAUCAUCAGUACCUGCACUGCAAGAAAAACUGAUUUCCAUACACCCACCUUCCAGUCCAAACACUGCAGAAGAAUGUGAGGAUCAGCCCAUAUCUCCUCUGAAGAUGAAGGUUGAAGAUUUUGAAUAUACUUCAGUUCUGGGAAGAGGACACUUUGGAAAGGUGCUACUGGCCGAGUUCAAGAAGACAGGACGACUGUAUGCCAUUAAAGCCUUGAAGAAACGAGACAUUGUGACUCGUGAUGAAGUGGACAGCCUUAUGAGCGAGAAGCGGAUCUUUGAGAUGAUCAACGCCUCCAGACACCCCUUCCUGGUCUACCUUCACGGCUGCUUCCAGACCGCUGACCACGUCUGUUUUGUCAUGGAGUAUCUACCCGGCGGCGACCUGAUGAUCCAUAUCCACACUGACGUCUUCUCUGAAGCUCAGACCAGGUUCUACUCAGCUUGUGUCCUGCUGGGUUUAGAGUUCCUGCAUCUGAAUAAAAUCAUCUACCGAGAUCUGAAGUUGGAUAACAUACUCAUGGAUGCUGAGGGAUUUGUUAAAAUCACAGACUUUGGACUUUGUAAAGAAGGGAUGGGCCAUGGAGAUCAGACCUCGACUUUCUGUGGGACUCCAGAGUUUCUCGCUCCGGAGGUUCUGACUGACGACACCUACACCCGCGCUGUGGACUGGUGGGGGAUGGGCGUCCUCAUUUACGAGAUGCUCGUUGGAGAGUCUCCGUUUCCUGGUGAAGAUGAAGAAGAAGUCUUUGACAGCAUCGUUAACGACGAUGUGCAAUAUCCAGCGUCUCUUCCCGCUGACGCCGUCUCCAUCAUGCAGAAGUUGCUGAAGAAGAACCCGUUGAAACGACUCGGAGCCGGAGAGAGAGACGCAAACGAGGUCAAAGGAGAGAAAUUCUUUGAGACCAUCGACUGGGAAGCCCUGAUGGCCAGGAAGUUAACGCCGCCGUUCGUGCCGUCGAUCAAAGAGCCCACAGACGUCAGCAACUUUGACAGCGACUUCACUCGACUCCAGCCGGUUCUGUCUCCGCCCUCCAAGCCCUUCAGCCUCUCGGCGGAGCAACAGGAGGCUUUUGCAGACUUUGACUUCUGUGCUUUGCAUGGUUGAACGAAGGACCGGAGAUGCCGGGGGGAAAUUAUUACCGCCAAUUUGUCGGCGUGACUGCCGGCAGCAGGUAGCCGAUAAGAACCAAAUAUGCAUGUUGCCAAGUAUAAUCAUCCAGUGUUGACUUCAGUAGUAGAGUUUGCAAGAACACUGAUAUUAUUUGUUCUCGCGCUGCAGUAGCUGGUCAAUAUGGAGGACGAUUAGGGUUAGUAGAAAAAAUAUAUUCAGAAUUCUGAGGGAAAAAAGUCAUAAUUCUGAAAUUAAAUUUACAAUUCUGAGAUUAAAAUUAAAAUUCUGUGAUUAAAUUUAGAUUUCUGAGAUUAAAUUUAGAAUUCUGAGAUUAAAAGUUAAAAUUCUGAUGAAAAAAAAGAUUUAUAUGAUUCAAUUUAUUUAUAUGAUUAAAUUCUGAAUAGAAUUCUGUUUAAGGGGAAUAUUUUGAGGUAAAGGCAAAAUAGUCAGAAUUUUUAUUUAAAACCAAAAUUCUGAGAUUUAAGUGAACAUUCUGUAAACAAAUAAGACUUUUUUCUUUUUUUCUUCCAGUGGCCCUAAUGUUCUUCCGUAGGUCAAUAUUUUAGGUUAAUCCUCACUGUCAGCCCUUUACAAAGCCUCACUUUAGACUCUGGUACCUCUGAUUGAUUUUGAUUGUCACACCAUUUAGACCUCAAUCACUGAUUAUAGAAGAUAAAUUAGGCACCCUGCAGCUGAAAGGGGUAUUGAUCUGUUUUGACAAGCAGGACUUUCAUCUUUUAAAUCAGUUUAAGUCUCACCAGCUCACAUUUAAAGAAAGUCACAGUGUUGAAUAAAGCAGCUCAGUUAUUUACAGACAAAACAAAACUAUCAAUGCGAAAACGCUCAGUCAACAGCUAGCUGUCGAUUAGAUAAACAAUUCAUUAUUUUUAGCCAAGCAGAGUACAUGAUGGUGGACAUUAUUAUCACCUGUCUGGAGGUUUAAACUUUGAACCGACUUUGUAAUCACAAACUAAGCUAACACGUUGGUCACCGUUAGCUUAGCAUCGUUUCUGUAAAACAUAUUCUCUCUAACUGAGUACAUCGGAUGCUUGAAGAAAAUAUUACAUUAUUUCGUAUUUUGUAAACAUUUUUUAGUUUAUUUUUCUAGAUCAGUCUAACAAGAACAAAAAUACGUCCUGAAUAGCUGUGGAGACGCAACACGUCUUUACUAAAGAUGUGUUGAAAAUGUUCACUCUUCUUGAUACAUAAAGAAGAAAGUUGCAGAUAAGAUGCUUAAUUAUGCUGGAAUAUCCUCAGAUAAUGUUCCACCAGUGGAAUGUACUGAAGUAUAAUCCUAAAUCUGAACUGGCAUUAUUCAGCUGUUUUGACUUAGUAUUGGCCUACACUAAGCAGAACCUAUCUUUUGAUGCUAACAAAAUAUGUAAAAAAAACUAUUAGACCUACUGGUACCUUUAGCAAUAUUGUGUUGUGGAAAUUCAGUGCUAUUUUAAAACUUCUAAAACAUGUAUUUAAAACAUUUAAAAUCUAUAUUGUGUCUUUGUUAUUAAGAGUCAUUGUGGAAAGUCCAAAGAGUGCUAGCCUGACUAUGAGAAGCUGUUAGCUUUGAUUCGCUGAGGUAGACUCCUGCUGUGAAACACCAAAUAAUCCCAAAUUCAAAUGAGUAAAAUAUAUAUACUUAUAUUCUAACUUAGUUGUAAAUUAUUGGUAAUUUUAGUGUUCCAAUAAUAAGUAUUUUUGCUCAAAUCAAUUGUGCAAUGUGUUUAAAACUAUUAAAUAUUUGACAUAACGUGAUCUUUUCGUCACAAUGUUACAGAUUCAACAAAAUUAUAAUAUAUUCAUUCAUAUAUCUAAUGUAAGUAAAUGAGUCACAUUUAUUAAUACCAAAUCAGCCAGUUAAAGCCUUUUAAGAUGUAGCUUGCUUUGUGGCCUUUGCUUAUUAUCUGUAGUUAUUCACAGUAAUUAACCUUUAUGGGGACCUUCUGCAGCCGUUUCUAUGCAUCACUGUGAAAGGCUUUGCUCACUGCCUUGAGGAAUAAACAAGCAAACCCAAUGUGUGAUUUCAAAUGUUUAGCAAAUAUAUUUUACAUAUUAACUGUAGCAAAGUCGUAACGUAUCAGUCCCUUCCAAACCGUCUGGUUCAUGUUUUUGCUACAACGCCAUGGUUAGCUUGUGCACCAGAGAUCCUGUAAUAGCUAGCAUUACAAAAGAAGCCAUAGAUAAUAUGUUAUAGACAUAGCUGUAGCUAAAUGUCUGCAUAUUUAUUUUUGCAAGCAAAAUGCUGUCCGACUGAGAAAAAAAGAAACAAUGAAAGGGGAAGAAUGCUAAUAUUUUUCUUAAAAAGCAACAUAUUUCCACAAAAAAAAGAGUUUAAACUUUACAUUUAGUUUUUUUGUUUUUAUAUCCGUUCAUGAGACAUUGAUGAAAUCAUUUGUUUGGUGAAAAUACAAAAGAUUUAUAGCACCAAAAGCACUUUAACCUGCAACUGACUGUCACAUUUUGAUUCGCUACACUAACAAAAUACUAUGGAAGCCUAAACCUGCCAUAAAAGGUCUUGGUAGAGACAAACUUUAAAGAUGACUUUACAACAACAACAAAAAAAAAAACAAAAACGUAAUUUUCUUUAUAAUUCACAUGGAUUGUGACUUUUAUUAUUGUGUUUACGAUGUCAAAACUCAAAAUUGUGACAUCGAAACUGAAAAUUGUUACUUAUUGCUAAGUAAUAAUUAAAAGUAGGAUUAUUACUUUUAUUUUCAUGAUUAUAACUUUAAAGCUUGAAAUUAUGAUUUUGUUCUUAUGAUUAUGACUGUUAAAACUGAAAAUUGACAUGUUGUUUGGUUUAUAACAUUAAAACUCAAAAUUAUGGCAGUAAAACUUAAAAUUAUUAUUUUUUUAUUUGGAUUAUGACAUUAAAACUUAAAACUAUUCCUUACUCUCAUGAAUAUGACUUUAAGACGAUAAACUAUGACUUUUAUUAUUGUGAUUAUAACUUUAAAGCUUAAAAUUACUACUUAUGUUUUCUUAGAUGGCAGAAAUGGGAUUCCUUAGAAUGCAGCAUAAUUUUAAAUAAAAUUUGAAAUUCUUCCAUUUAACAGCUCAAAUUAACAUUUAAACCCAGAUUAUUAACAAAUAUAUGUUAAUUGGAAAGAAAUUAACAAAAAAGUGAAAAGUUUCCCAUACAAAAUAACAAAAACUGACAAAUACUUUAUCAAAAUUCUAGAAAAGUUAACUCCAUCUAUCAAAAAUCCAACAGUCAGCUUUGAUUUUGACAUUUUAUGCAUGACAUCUUGAAUCCUGCUGGAUUGCAAUUCAUCUAAAAAUGACUGAUAAAUUCUUUACUGCUGAUAAAAUUAUUUAACUUUUCGUUUCCAAAAUAACAGUCAUGGCUUCUCCUCUUUCCUGACGCAAAAAACAAAAUUUAGCUUGAUAAAAACACAAAUAUUGGAAAACCUAAAAUUUCCAACAAUUAUUCACUGUUGUGAUGUUUUAGGAGUAACAGGAAGCCGACUUAAAAUGAUCAGGAAGACCGAAGGAUUGUUCCUAAUUCCUGCUGCUGCAGAAUUUUCAUUCGUUAGCGUUUCUCUUUCUGGAGUCAUCUGCUUUGAACCAAAACCUCCACAUUUUUUAUUCCUCUGAAAGUCGAUAUUUUGGCUGUUUGGUUCAGCUGACGUAGGAAUCUUUAGCGAAACAUUUAGGAAACUGUUGUAGCACUUUAAG